GCCUCAGGUACAGAAAUGCCAUCAUUCAUGUGGUAAAGUGGCAUAAGGAGUCUGUGGCUGAGAGUUACAGAAAAGGUGAUCUUUGGUUAGAGCACUGCUAGCUGGUGUCAUCAUAGGCGCACCAAUUCAAUACUUGUAUUGGGAAGAGACCUACACCUCCAUCCCACACCAUCAAUCCAGUUAUUGGGAAUGACUACUUGACUCCUUAGGAAGGUAAAGCUUCAGGAGGGAGAGAUGUGCUUUCUCUCUCACACACAUACACAAGCUGGACCCGAGAGAGUAGGAUCUCGAACACCUCAUGGUCUCUAUCUUUACAUUCAGUUAUAUAACCCAGCCCAACUAUCGCCGUGUAGGUCUCAAUAUAAAUAUAAAUAAAUAUUUAAUAUCUUGGAUCAGAUAUGAGUCAUUACAAAACGUUUGUGCUUCCUGCGGAAUAUAAAUAUUUUUGUCGCCUCGUAUGCGCCAGGACGGAAUUUGACCCAAGGCAUAAAAUCCUCUCUGUAAUGACUAGCUUGUGCUACUGGCCGUCUCGUUAGAAGCAUGCCUCAACACCAGUGACUAAAGAUGCUCUUUGGCAGUGACAACGUAAACUCAGAAACGAUAUCAUUGUGACUACAGACUGUAGUCCACUUUUAAAGCACGAGCGCGGUACGAGCGAAGAGUCCUGCAGACGCGUGCACCAAUGGCAGCCUCCGUCGCGAAAUCUCUCGCGAGCUCGUAUUAUCUAUGCGGUCAAGGUCACGUGAAAAGUUUGCACCUCGGGAUGGCAAAAAUAUUGUCCAUAAACCAGAAAAAGACCUAACAUAACUCUUCACUACAAUAAAGUCUGAGGAAGAUUCACAGUUGAGACCUGUCAAAAGGAAUAAGUCUUUUACAUUCUGAGACAGAGGAUGCAUUUGCUUCAGACAUGCCGCAUGCAACCAGUAGUUUGACCUGAUCUUGGACUAAAACCUGUCUCAAAAGCCUAUAUUGUAUGUGCUAUGUGGAAAAAGUGACUGAGAUUUAAUCUUAAUACAAAAUGCUGGUGUCCUAAUUUUGAUAAUAAGUGCUGUCUUGAACUCUUGGCACAACAAAGACAGCACUUUUAAAGAGUGCUACAGAAAUCCAUAGUAUCUGUUACAUGCCCACAAUUUGUAAGAUACGUAGAGCUACAUCAAAGUCUCAAACAAUGACAUCACACCAAAAGAUGGAGUGUGGUCCCAUCAGUGAAAGUGAUACCAUUUCAUCUGCAUAUGCAAAUUGCCUUUUUCAGCCUCAGCACCUUCAAUGUCUACCAUCACGGGGAGGAGUUCAGUCAAUGUUUCUGCAAAAUCCAGAGAUAGAAGGCCUAGUGGAGCUUGCCUCUGGAAUAUCACAAAAAGCACAGCAAGCCACUAUGCCUAGCUCUUUACACUGUGAGUUCCUGCAUACAGUCUGCCCCAGCAGCCUGCAUCAUCCCUGGAGCCAGCAAAUUGCAUCAACUCAUUCAGAACCAAUGCAGUCCAUUUUUUCUCACAGUCAUCUCUUGGAUGUGCAUUCCAAUAUUUCUGUUGAAACUCCGCUAGCAAUCAAAGAAAUGGUGCCUGUCACAGCAAGAGCCUUGGAGCUGAUGCAACCAGCGCAGGUGCUGCUUCAUCUGCAGCAACAAACUGCACAUUUAGAGGCCUUGCAGUCAACGCUGUCGCAAAAUGCGGAUGUUGGAUCUUGGGGAUGCCUUCCUAAUGAGGCAUUAACACAUGGCAUGUCAGGGAUGGAGGUCACUUCUUUAGAAGGUGGGAUGAUGAGAAAUGUUAACAAUCUGCACCAACCUAUGCAACAUGCAACCUCACUUCUGGAUGCUGGACAGUAUGCAGAGGUGAAGGCUCAGCAAAAUCUUGGUGUUCAAAUCCCUGACCAUGGUUCAAUAAAAGAUGUGUCAGAUGAUCCAAAGGAAGAAAGCUGUGGAAAGCAUCUAGAGAGAGGUGUGCGUACCUUGCGAAAAGAUGAAGAUGUGUACCCUUCUGCGUGCUACCUUGAUGAUCAUGGUGCUAAACAUCAAUGUGAGUCAAAUGCCAUUGUUUCCCCCGUGCCGGUUGCAAGUCAGACACAGCCAUUACCAGAGGUCUGUUUACAUGCCUCAUAUUUACAGGCAUCUCAGCUGCUGUGUGAGCUAAGUGAGACAGUGGCAGCAUCCAAAAAUACCCCUGAACUGAAGUCAGAUAAAGCUGGUGUUGCACAGCCUGACAAGAAAGGUUUUAAAGGUGGAAGGCCUUAUCAAUGUAGUGUGUGUAGAGCAGCAUUCAAGCAAUUAUCUCAUCUCAAAGGCCACUUGAUCAGCCAUACCAGUGAUCGACCUUACAACUGUUCCAGCUGUAAAGGUGCUUUUAAAAGGCGGUCAGAUUUAAAUUGCCACCAAAAAGCUGUUCAUGAUGAACCUCUUCCUCAUAGCCGACACCGAACUGCCGUUAGGAAAAACUGUGUUUUGAAUAAAAAUGUGUUAACUCGUAGCAGUAAACAAGCCUAUCAGUGCACAAAGUGUAAAGCUGCUUUCAGAACACGAUAUUUGUUGAAGAAGCAUUCUCUGGUUCACAUUAAUGAAAAGAAUUAUCAGUGUAGUGAACAAAAUUUUACCUCCACGCAGAUAGGUCGAAAAUCUCACAGACAGAUUCGCAAUGGAGGUAUGAAGUCUGGUUCACCAGUUAGUAGGGCAGUUGGUGAAAGGCAGACACAUGUGACAGUAACUCCUUGUGCAGAAAUCUCCUUGAAAGCAUCGCAGCUUUUAAGUGAACUGAGUGAGACAGUAGCAGCAAACACAAAAUCUUCAAGAAUAAGACCAAAAAGAAAGAGUAUUGAUGAUGAUGAUGAUGGUGGUGGUGAUAGGCCUUACCAAUGCAGUAUAUGUAAAGCAGCCUUCAAAUUGGCAUCGCAUCUGAAGGGUCACAUGGUGGUGCACAGCAGCCUGCGACCUUACAAGUGCAUGAUGUGUGACUUUUCCUUCAAGAAAAAGUAUUUGUUGAAAAACCAUAUGGUGGUGCACAGUAGUGAAAGGCCUUACCGGUGCAAUGACUGUGAUGGUACCUUCAAAAGGUUCAAAGAUGUGAAGUCUCACAAAUCAAUUCACUGCAAGAGACAAAAGUCAGAUUCACAGGUAGUCAUGAGCCCAGGUGAACAUCAAAGGCAGCUAGAGGCUGUAAACAAUGCAGACAGUUUUUUGACAUUUUCAGGGGAAAGAGCAAAAGGUAAUGAAACAGGUGACAGUGCCUACCAGUGCAUUAAAUGCAGUGUUACCUUUAACCAAGUGUCACAGCUAAAAAGCCAUAUGUUAUCUCACAGUGGUGACAGACCCCACCAGUGCACAGAGUGUAAGUUUGCCUUCACAUCUGCUGCAGACUUGAAUUUACACCGAACGUCAUCUCACAGUGAUGACAGACCCUAUGAAUGCAGUGAAUGUGAAGCCACUUUUAAGACAAAAAGCCUGUUGAAAAAUCACAAAAUGUGGGUUCACAGCAAUGAACGUCCUCACCAGUGCAGUGAUUGUAAAGCUGCAUUCAAGACAAAGUCUCGAUUAAAAAGCCACAAAUUGAUCCAUAGCAGUGAGCGACCAUUCAAGUGCAGUUUAUGUACAGCUUCAUUCAAAAAGUCAAUCUAUUUGCGUGGUCAUAUGCAAAGUCAUAGUACUGAGCGACCUUUUCAGUGUACUGAGUGUGAAUCUUCUUUCAAAAGAUUUCAGGACCUUAAGUUUCAUAGGAUGAUUCACAGUGGAGAAAAACCAUAUUCGUGCGAUGAGUGUGGUCUUGCCUUCAGAAAGCUGGGCUAUUUAAAAAGUCACCUGCUUAUCCACAAUGAUGACAAACCUUUUCAGUGCUGUGAGUGUCAGGCAGCUUUUAAGAGAUCUGCAGCUUUGAAAUUUCACCAACUAGUUCACGGUGAUGACAAGCCUUACAGAUGUAGCGAAUGCAAUGCAGCCUUCAACAAAUUAGCACAGCUGAACGAGCACACGAUCAUUCACACAGGCCAUGCUCCAGCCCGACCUUACCAGUGCAGUAUAUGUAGGGCCAGUUUCAAAAGUUCUUUUGAUUUGAAAAAACACAUGAAUACUCACAGUAGUGAAAGGCCACAUCAGUGCAGUGAGUGCAAAGCUUACUUUAAGAGCAUGUUCACUUUGCGAAACCAUAUGAUCACACAUAGCAGUGAACGACCUCAUCAGUGCACUGAAUGCAAUGCAGCUUUUAAAACGUCAUAUCGCUUGAAAAAACAUACGCUGGUUCACACCAGCACUAGAGUAGAGAUGUUUGCUGAAUGUUUUUGAAGGAAGAAGUCAUGAACAAGAGACCUCUGUAAAGACUUUCAUUCAGAAUUUUCCACAGAAUAAAUGCAGAGACAUGAUCACUGAUGAUAGUGAAGAUGAGAAAUGGGUACAAAAAAAAGAUAAAGGUAGAAGCACAGAAGUGGAUAUUAUCAGCAGACACUUCCUAUCUUCCGUGACAUAAUUGCAAAAAUAGAUUUUAAAUAUGUGGCAUAGAAUCCAUGCUGAACCAGCAUCUGGCAGUUAUUUCUCUGAGCAAAAUGCAAAAAUGAUGAGUGUCAUGAAAGAAAGUUUAAUGAUUUCUUAGGACCACAUCAGGAAAUGCUGCAUUAGUUACCUAAAAUACGGUUUAUUACUGCUGGACAUCCUGACACCUAAUCAUUUCUGCUGCAGAUUUUGUUUUUAUUGUAGUUUUGAUUUACCUGUUACAGUUCUAUGCAGUAUGUUCUUCUGAUAUUUGGACAUAAUAUUUUUUUUUAAUAUGAUGUUCAGGAUCUGUACAAAAAUCAGAGUUGAAAUAGUUUUCAUCAGUGAUACAUCAUACAAAAUUUAUUCUUGAAAGACUGUAUUCUGUUUCUUGUAUGGUACCCUCCAUGCCUUCCAGUCUUUCCCUAUAUAUAUUAAACAAAUCUUUUUCUACAUUUUGGCUGUUUUUUGCUUUCUGUUAAUAACAUCUACUGCUGAACCUGCUUUUGUUUUGUUAUUGCUGCUGUUGGAAGUGAUACAAUAUGCUGACAGAUGAGAAACACGGGUGUGCACUUGUUUCACUCUUCACUGAUUGCACAAAUGUGGAGAUAAAAAAUAUUUUGUGAUUAUUAUUAUUAUGAGGAUUUUUUGUUAUUGCUUAAAAAUCCAGGUAGAAAUAAUAAUUUGCCUGGUCCCUGAAUGGGAUGGUUUGGAUGGUCACUAUACAGCUGACAGUGAAAAUAUUUAUGUACAAUAUGUUUUACACUCUUCACAUGCUUCUGCUACUGUUCUGGUGAAUGUUAGUUCAAAUGUUUUAUAAAGAUCUGCUCAUUUUAGUGUUAAAAGCAUUUAGUAGUCUUCAUAAUUCUUAUUUUGGGGUGUCUGAUCAUUUUGUUGAUUAAAGCACAUUCAGAAUGUCUCCAAACAAGAAAUAAAAUGAUCCAAGUACUUGUCCAUAUGCUGUGCAAAUGACUAUCAGAAUAUUUUUGGUUCUGUGCACAAGUUCAGCUGGUUAUUUUACAGGGGUUCAAAUCCUGAAACUUUUUUUAUCCAAACACAUGUAAGAAAUUUGUAUGCCCCAGUAACUAUCUCACAUAGUCUGUUUGCCUCUAGACUAUUUCUAGAUUAAUUCUUUUUAAUCUUUCUGACCUAAAGCCUUCAUUAAGACUCACAGAUCACAGACUUGGUCACUUAAAAUGUUACAAAUGAGUUGAAAGAUUACAGUAAUACAAAAUCUUGCAUGUGUUUCAAUGCACAAAUGUAUUUGCGUUGGUUUGUUUGGUGUCCUCUUCGGUUACAUUCCAGUAAUAUAUGAAGAGUGAUGGACUCAUUCAAAACAUACACACAUUUGUGCGACACCAUUUUGUUAUGUGUUGAGUAUGCUAUUCACAGCAGGUACAUGUUCAAAAUAAAACAUGUAUAAUGUUAAUCCACCAGAUGUGGAUGGCAUUUUGACUGCUCCUCUUAACAGUAUAUGCAUUCCUUUUUAGGAGUUAGCAACACUGCCUGCCAAACAAUGUAUUUGGACAUUUAAUUGUCAUUCCUGUGAUUAUAGAAUUGUUGAUAAAAUAAUACUUAAUACAAGUCAUACAGGUAAAUAAUAAGCUAAUGUAUAGAUAGUUCUUGUUUCCAUCUGUAAAAUGCAUCUUGACCCAUGUAAAAAUUUAACAAUAGUACUUGUAUCUUUUGCACUAUUAUUGAAACACAUUUAAUAUACCUGUUAAAAUAAAGUUGGGGGGAAACUUUAUUUACGGAUGUUUUUCAAUCGGAAAUAAACGCCUUAGGCUUCAGGCUCAAAACAA